AAAAGAAUUAAAUCUCAUAUCCCUUAUAGAGUCCUUGAUGCCCCAAAUUUGAAAAAUGAUUUCUACACAAAUUUAGUAGCUUGGUCUAGCAAAACUGGUAAAGUUGGUGUCGGCUUAGGAAAUAACGUGUAUCUAUGGAAUGAAGAAUCUGGCGCAAUUCCUUUACAAACAAUUGACUAUGAACAAGUAAUCACUGCUUUAUCCUUUUCUGAUAGCAUCUUCUUAGCUGUUGGCUUGAAAAAUGGUAGAAUCCUUUUAUAUGAUCAAAAUCAGGAGGUUGUUCAAUCAAAUUAUUUGAAUGUUGAUAAAGGUAUUUGUUGUAUCUCUUGGUUAUUUGGUACAAAAAAAUUCUUUGUUGGUGAUGAAGUUGGUGAUGUAUUGCUUUUUGAAGUUGUCGAAUCAAAUAACAGCCAUUCUUUAUAUGAUUUGAAACUUUUAAAAUCUUUCAAAUGUCAUCAGCAACAAGUUUGUGGAAUUGCAAUCAGUAAUGAUCUUAAACAAGUGGCUAUUGGAGGAAAUGAUAAUUGUUGCACAAUUUGGGAUGUUUCUGAUUUAGAGAAUCCAAAAUUGAAGUUUUCUUUACCUCAUCAAGCUGCUGUUAAAGCCAUUUCAUUUUGUCCUUGGUCUAAUUCUUUAUUAGCAACUGGUGGUGGAAGUAAAGAUAGAAGAAUCAGAUUUUGGCAUACAAAUUCAGGAACCUUAUUAGAUGUAAUUAAUACCAAAGGACAAAUUACUUCUUUAAUCUGGUCGAAAACUAAGAAACAAAUUGUUGCAACUUUCGGUUUUGGUGAUUCUGAAAAACCAGUCUUAGUAGCUGUUUAUAAUUAUCCCAAAAUGCAAUCUUUAGUUCAAAUCCAGGCUACUCCAAAUUUAAGAAUUUUAUCUGCUGUACCUUCACCAGAUAAUAGCUCAAUUUGUGUUGCAGCAAAUGAUGAAACUGUUAGAUUUUAUGAAUUAUGGAGUGGUAAUCCAGGAAUCGUUCCCGAAGCUCAAGAAUGUGGUGUCUUUGGUAGUGAUUUAAUUGAAUUAUGUGAAGGAAUCGAUAAAGGUGGUGAUAUGAUUAGAUAA